AUGGGCGGCCAUUUAAGAAAUGGACGCAACAUCUCUGUUGAACAACAACAACGAGAACUCGAACGCGAGCAAAGAGAGCUCACACAACCAGACCACCGACAGCAGGACUCAGGAGCCAGAGCUGGACUUGUUGGACUACAGCGAGGAGAUGACUCGCUAUACCAACUUAGCCCCGCUGCAACUGAGCGGCUUCAAACGUUUAACCAGAAACCUACCUUCCCUCAGCAAAGCCAGCGUGAGGAUGAGAAAGUCAGGAGCACCACCAACGGAGCAGGGAAUCUCGCCAGCUCUCAUCAACUCAUGAGCAACGUCUUUGGCGUUAGAAACUAUGUCGACCAGAUCGACACCGGUCCCACACCCUAUAGAACGCCAGGAAUUCACAGUCCACAUGAAUACCGCGACAGGGCUCCAGAUUCAAUCAAUCUACGACCCCUAACUCCAGCCUGGGAGGGCCCAGAAGACAUCAUAGUGGACAACCCUCAACUGGAAACGGUGAUAAAUCUAUUCAACGACCAGUGGUUGAUGUUUGUCCAAGCGAGAGAAAAUCAGAACGUACCUAUGAUGCGUUUGGCACUCCAGCAAGCGGUGGGAAGUCAGGAAGUUAUCAGGAAUCUAGCUGGAGGGGAGGAGAUGCUCAGGAUCUGCGAGAAUUGGAUCGCUCGCGAAGAACUAGCGGACUUAGAGAGGUCGGAACAGAACAACCCUACCCCGCAAGUUCAAAGAUUAGCCAUCACCCAAUGA